UAGCGUCAUUCGGUUAUGAAUCGAGUUUUCUCUUCGAUCAACGACUCGUCGACAUCGGCCAAAGAACCUGAGUUCAGCCAGUCAACGCAAAGCAAUUCCUCACCAAAUAACGACAAUUGGGGCUACGAUUUGUACCCUGAAAGAAAAGGGGCGAAGUAUAAGCCUACAUGGACUCGUCGAAUUAUGGGAUUAGAAGGGAGGGAAGAGCUCGAUAAAAUGAAAUGCGAACGAAAUGUUUACUCCUGCGUCGUUAAGCAUCCCGUGAUCAAACUAAUGAUGGCUAGCCUCAAAAGCAAUGGAUGCCCCUUCGAUAUCAGAAGACACAUUUCUUGCGAAGUGUGUGAUCACGCUGUAACCGGAGGAUACGAUCCAAUAACAAAUCAGAUAGUUGUAUGCCAAAACACAGCACCAACGGAAAAUCAAGUCGGCGGAGUUAUGUCUCAUGAGAUGAUACACAUGUUCGACUGGUGUGUAAAUGACCUAGACUUCAAAAACCUGGAUCACCUUGCCUGCACGGAAAUUAGAGCGGCAAACCUCACGCAUUGUAGUUUUAUGAGUGCUUGGUUCGACGGCUCCGCCUCACCAUUCAACAUACGCCAAACCCACGGAGAAUGUGUCAAGAUCAAGGCGAUGACUUCGGUGAUGGCGGCAAGAAACGUAACCAAGGAAGAAGCCACAGCGGCGAUAGAUCGUGUAUUUCCUAAAUGCUACGCAGACCUGGAACCAAUCGGUAGACGGAUAAGACGAAACUCUGAGGAUAUGGAAAGGGCUUAUGCAGAAGGGCCGAUGUACGGAUACGGGACAUGAGAUCGAAGAUACGUUAGGUGUUAAUACAGAGCUUAGAUUAGCUGUAAGAAUUGUAAAUGAAAUUGAUGAAAAAUAGUUCCCACAGGGCGCCAAAGUUCAA